AUUUGCUUCUCAGCACGAUAAGCGUGCACCAGUAAGCUGUGAGUUUAGUUUAAAUGGAUUUGUUCGUUCUUGAUACGGUCGGGGAUUCCACCGGGAGUGCGGCAACAAGCAACAAACUACCCAAACGUUACUCGAAUGCCUUCGAAACAUUGGGAUCCUCUUCUGUGAAGCAGUCAUCACUGCCGGCGGCCGACAACGAAAGCGAUGAAGACGACGAUUACGAUGGUUUACCUCCUCCGGGACAGAGCAUUUCGGAAAUCUUAAACGAUGAUGCUGAUCUGGUUUGCCUCGCUAGCACGGGUAGGCAAAAACGUAAAAUAAAAACGUUGGCGUCGCUGAAAGGUCCCAAUUUUCGGGUGGACGUACAACCGAGCACAUCGAAGGCAGCCUCGUCGAAGCGUCGGCAUGUAACAGUUGCAAACGAACUCAACACCACGGAUGUGGACAAAGAGCUGCGGAGUUCCGUGUUGUCACCAGCCAUUGAAAAGAGCGAAAACUUGGCCCGACUCUCGAUGAGCGAUAAAAAGCUGCAGCACUUGAACAGGUUGGAACGUCAGAAAACGAAGGGAAAGAGCUGGUUCGAUCUCCCAGCGCCAGAGAUGACGACCGAGCUGAAGAACCAACUGGAACUGAUUCAAAUGCGCUCCGUGCUGGAUCCGAAAAAGUCCUUUGGCAGGGCGGAAAAAAUCCGCAAACUGCCAAAGUACUUUCAGAUAGGAACGGUUGCCAAUUCACCUCUGGAAUACUACAAUGAGCGGGGCGUGAAGAAAGUAAAGUCACAAUCGCUCGUGGACGAACUGUUGGCUGAUGCCGAGUUCCAAAAGUUCAACAAACGCAAGUACGCCGAGGCCUUGGAAAUCAGAAAGAAAAAGGCCUUCCACAAGGCAGCGAUCAAGAUGAAGAAGCUGAAGAAGAAGAAGAAAUAAACUUUUGUCGUUUUAUU